AUGGAAGUCUAAAAGAGGAUGAAAUCAGCUCAAAAUACAAACCUUUUCUCAAAUUCAGUGUAAAUGCAAUAUUAUCGAAAGAAACUGAGCAAAAUGAUUCUAAACCAGUGAUAAAAAGGUCCACAAGUCCAGAGCCUACUAGUCCAAACAGUCCUUACCAACAUCAUCAAACUGGACUCUUUGGUCCUUCUAGUCCGUAUCAGUAUACAAAUCAAACUUCUAGUCCUUCCAGUAGAAAAACUUCUAGUCCCAACGGAGCCAGAGCAGGGAGUCCAGUCAGUCCUCCAGCUAGUCCGAAUAUACACAGAUCAACUCCUAGUCCUGCCUAUCCCCCUCCCUCCCUACAGCGCACCACCCCCUCCCCACUAUACCCCUCCCCUUCAAACACCUACCUGGUUGCGCCCCUGCCAACUAAACCAAUGGUACGCCCCCUUCUCCAGGGGUUCUCCCCCUUCCAUCCCCUGAUAUACCGCCCCUAUAUCCCCCGCACACCCUUCAGUAUACCAGUUUAUUUCCCAGGAACCGGAACUACAGUGUUUCCUCUUCCUGGAACAUUCCCUUGGUCAGCUGGACUUCGAGGAAAGCCACGGCGUGGAAUGCUUCGCAGAGCUGUGUUCUCCGACUUCCAACGGAAAGGUUUGGAGAAAAGAUUUCAAAUUCAAAAAUAUAUUUCCAAACCUGAUCGGAAGAAAUUAGCGGAAAAACUGGGCUUAAAGGAUUCACAGGUUAAGAUCUGGUUCCAGAACAGAAGAAUGAAAUGGAGAAACAGUAAGGAACGGGAAUUGCUGGCUUCCGGAGGAAAUAGGGAUCAAACCCUUCCUAACAAGAACAAUCCUAAUCCUGAUCUGACAGAUACAUCUCCGACACCUAUUCAUAGUAUCG